AUGGCAAGGAACUCUCGGAACGCGAAGACUGCAGCAUCGAUUGCACAGCCUGCACACUGGCCUACACAUGUCCAGUACAUCUCAGUAUAUCGCUUUCACCUAUCUGUGCCGACCGAGACUCGUGCUCUUAUUUGUCCCAAGUCGACAGCACCUGAAGCCUGUGUGCCCUCUCGCUCUUUGACGAUUAUACGACGAAUUUCAGAGCAUUCUCAUCCCGCUUCUGGACAGUUUGGUCUCUUUGCGGCCAGGAAAAUACCUCCUCGUACCCACAUCCUAGACUAUAUAGGAGAGCUACACUGCGACGACAGGCCUGAGUCUGACUACGACCUCUCGCUCUACCGAACUCGGGAAGGGCUCAGUAUCGGAGUGGAUGCACAGCACAUGGGAAAUGAGGCACGCUUUGUGAAUGACUUCAGGGGAAUCAGUCACAAACCGAAUGCGGUGUUCGAGGAUCGCAGGACGGUGGAUGGAGAGCUACGAAUGAGUAUAUGGAGCGGUAGCGACUGCAUCAAGAAGGGUGAUGAAAUUCUCGUCUCGUAUGGCAAGUCAUGGUGGCGAGCCCGGGAAGAAUGUGAGGGUAAUGCCUGAAGGAUGGCAAGUGUAUGAAUAAUUUACAGGCAUUAACUCCCAACAAGCGUUUCUCGGCUUGCGCAAGCAGCGUGUGCCUCUGGGUGAAGGCUCCAAUUCGAGGUAGCAAAUGAAGUCCAGAGGCAGCGAUAUCGCCGAGACAUACUCAUGCUUCAGGAAUAUGUCUGGGCAACGGCGAAUUACGAAGAUUGGCUCAAAGCAUUCAAGCUGUGUUGCUGUCCGUGUCAUCCAGUGCCAUUCACAUUGUAUAUCUAGCACAGUGCUGUUAGAGUAGUUCAAACAUGUAACUCACCUUACCUAGUCCUUCGAUAUACCG